AUGCUGGACUCGGUGACUGAAGAAGUAGAUGAAGAAGUCUCUUCAGUCUCAGUGACACAUGGUUCUGUGGAGCUUGAUUCAGAAACAGAUUCUGUAGAAAUGCUGGACUCGGUGACUGAAGAAGUAGAAGUAGAUGAAGAAGUCUCUUCAGUCUCAGUGACACAUGGUUCAGUGGAGCUUGAUUCAGAUACAGAUUCUGUAGAAAUGCUUGACUCGGUGACUGAAGAAGUAGAUGAAGAAGUCUCUUCAGUCUCAGUGACACAUGGUUCAGUGGAGCUUGAUUCAGAUACAGAUUCUGUAGAAAUGCUUGACUCGGUGACUGAAGAAGUAGAUGAAGAAGUCUCUUCAGUAUCAGUGACACAUGGUUCAGUGGAGCUUGAUUCAGAUACAGAUUCUGUAGAAAUGCUUGACUCGGUGACUGAAGAAGUAGAUGAAGAAGUCUCUUCAGUCUCAGUGACACAUGGUUCAGUGGAGCUUGAUUCAGAUACAGAUUCUGUAGAAAUGCUUGACUCGGUGACUGAAGAAGUAGAUGAAGAAGUCUCUUCAGUCUCAGUGACACAUGGUUCAGUGGAGCUUGAUUCAGAUACAGAUUCUGUAGAAAUGCUGGACUCGGUGACUGAAGAAGUAGAAGUAGAUGAAGAAGUCUCUUCAGUCUCAGUGACACAUGGUUCUGUGGAGCUUGAUUCAGAUACAGAUACUGUAGAAAUGCUGGACUCGGUGACUGAAGUAGUAGAUGAAGAAGUCUCUUCAGUCUCAGUGACACAUGGUUUAGUGGAGCUUGAUUCAGAUACAGAUUCUGUAGAAAUGCUUGACUCGGUGACUGAAGAAGUAGAUGAAGAAGUCUCUUCAGUAUCAGUGACACAUGGUUCAGUGGAGCUUGAUUCAGAUACAGAUUCUGUAGAAAUGCUUGACUCGGUGACUGAAGAAGUAGAUGAAGAAGUCUCUUCAGUCUCAGUGACACAUGGUUUAGUGGAGCUUGAUUCAGAUACAGAUUCUGUAGAAAUGCUUGACUCGGUGACUGAAGAAGUAGAUGAAGAAGUCUCUUCAGUAUCAGUGACACAUGGUUCAGUGGAGCUUGAUUCAGAUACAGAUUCUGUAGAAAUGCUUGACUCGGUGACUGAAGAAGUAGAUGAAGAAGUCUCUUCAGUAUCAGUGACACAUGGUUCAGUGGAGCUUGAUUCAGAUACAGAUUCUGUAGAAAUGCUUGACUCGGUGACUGAAGAAGUAGAUGAAGAAGUCUCUUCAGUCUCAGUGACACAUGGUUCUGUGGAGCUUGAUUCAGAUACAGAUUCUGUAGAAAUGCUGGACUCGGUGACUGAAGAAGUAGAAGUAGAUGAAGAAGUCUCUUCAGUCUCAGUGACACAUGGUUCUGUGGAGCUUGAUUCAGAUACAGAUUCUGUAGAAAUGCUUGACUCGGUGACUGAAGAAGUAGAUGAAGAAGUCUCUUCAGUCUCAGUGACACAUGGUUCAGUGGAGCUUGAUUCAGAUACAGAUUCUGUAGAAAUGCUUGACUCGGUGACUGAAGAAGUAGAUGAAGAAGUCUCUUCAGUCUCAGUGACACAUGGUUCUGUGGAGCUUGAUUCAGAUACAGAUUCUGUAGAAAUGCUUGACUCGGUGACUGAAGAAGUAGAUGAAGAAGUCUCUUCAGUCUCAGUGACACAUGGUUCUGUGGAGCUUGAUUCAGAAACAGAUUCUGUAGAAAUGCUGGACUCGGUGACUGAAGAAGUAGAAGUAGAUGAAGAAGUCUCUUCAGUCUCAGUGACACAUGGUUCUGUGGAGCUUGAUUCAGAUACAGAUUCUGUAGAAAUGCUUGACUCGGUGACUGAAGAAGUAGAUGAAGAAGUCUCUUCAGUCUCAGUGACACAUGGUUCAGUGGAGCUUGAUUCAGAUACAGAUUCUGUAGAAAUGCUUGACUCGGUGACUGAAGAAGUAGAUGAAGAAGUCUCUUCAGUAUCAGUGACACAUGGUUCAGUGGAGCUUGAUUCAGAUACAGAUUCUGUAGAAAUGCUUGACUCGGUGACUGAAGAAGUAGAUGAAGAAGUAUCUUCAGUAUCAGUGACACAUGGUUCAGUGGAGCUUGAUUCAGAUACAGAUUCUGUAGAAAUGCUUGACUCGGUGACUGAAGAAGUAGAUGAAGAAGUCUCUUCAGUCUCAGUGACAAAUGGUUCUGUGGAGCUUGAUUCAGAUACAGAUUCUGUAGAAAUGCUGGACUCGGUGACUGAAGAAGUAGAUGAAGAAGUCUCAUCAGUCUCAGUGACACAUCGCUCUGUGGAGCUUGAUUCAGAUACAGAUUCUGUAGAAAUGCUGGACUCGGUGACUGAAGAAGUAGAUGAAGAAGUCUCUUCAGUCUCAGUGACAAAUGGUUCUGUGGAGCUUGAUUCAGAUACAGAUUCUGUAGAAAUGCUGGACUCGGUGACUGAAGAAGUAGAUGAAGAAGUCUCUUCAGUCUCAGUGACAAAUGGUUCUGUGGAGCUUGAUUCAGAUACAGAUUCUGUAGAAAUGCUGGACUCGGUGACUGAAGAAGUAGAUGAAGAAGUCUCUUCAGUCUCAGUGACACAUGGUUCAGUGGAGCUUGAUUCAGAUACAGAUUCUGUAGAAAUGCUGGACUCGGUGACUGAAGAAGUAGAUGAAGAAGUCUCUUCAGUCUCAGUGACAAAUGGUUCUGUGGAGCUUGAUUCAGAUACAGAUUCUGUAGAAAUGCUGGACUCGGUGACUGAAGAAGUAGAUGAAGAAGUCUCUUCAGUCUCAGUGACAAAUGGUUCUGUGGAGCUUGAUUCAGAUACAGAUUCUGUAGAAAUGCUGGACUCGGUGACUGAAGAAGUAGAUGAAGAAGUCUCUUCAGUCUCAGUGACAAAUGGUUCUGUGGAGCUUGAUUCAGAUACAGAUUCUGUAGAAAUGCUGGACUCGGUGACUGAAGAAGUAGAUGAAGAAGUCUCUUCAGUCUCAGUGACACAUGGUUCAGUGGAGCUUGAUUCAGAUACAGAUUCUGUAGAAAUGCUGGACUCGGUGACUGAAGAAGUAGAUGAAGAAGUCUCUUCAGUCUCAGUGACAAAUGGUUCUGUGGAGCUUGAUUCAGAUACAGAUUCUGUAGAAAUGCUGGACUCGGUGACUGAAGAAGUAGAUGAAGAAGUCUCUUCGGUCUCAGUGACACAUGGUUCUGUGGAGCUUGAUUCAGAUACAGAUUCUGUAGAAAUGCUGGACUCGGUGACUGAAGAAGUAGAUGAAGAAGUCUCUUCCGUUUCAGUGACACAUGGUUCAGUGGAGCUUGAUUCAGAUACAGAUUCUGUAGAAAUGACGGACUCGGUGACAGAAGAUGUAGAUGAAGAAGUCUCUUCGGUCUCAGUGACACAUGGUUCUGUGGAGCUUGAUUCAGAUACAGAUUCUGUAGAAAUGCUGGACUCGGUGAAUGAAGAAGUAGAUGAAGAAGUCUCUUCCGUUUCAGUGACACAUGGUUCUGUGGAGCUUGAUACAGAGGCAGAUUCUGUAGAAAUGCUGGACUCGGUGACUGAAGAAGUAGAUGAAGAAGUCUCUUCCGUUUCAGUGACACAUGGUUCAGUGGAGCUUGAUUCAGAUACAGAUUCUGUAGAAAUGACGGACUCGGUGACAGAAGAUGUAGAUGAAGAACUCUCUUCGGUCUCAGUGACACAUGGUUCUGUGGAGCUUGAUUCAGAUACAGAUUCUGUAGAAAUGCUGGACUCGGUGAAUGAAAAAGUAGAUGAAGAAGUCUCUUCCGUUUCAGUGACACAUGGUUCUGUGGAGCUUGAUACAGAGGCAGAUUCUGUAGAAAUGCUGGACUCGGUGACUGAAGAAGUAGAUGAAGAAGUCUCUUCCGUUUCAGUGACACAUGGUUCUGUGGAGCUUGAUUCAGAUACAGAUUCUGUAGAAAUGACGGACUCGGUGACAGAAGAUGUAGAUGAAGAAGUCUCUUCGGUCUCAGUGACACAUGGUUCUGUGGAGCUUGAUUCAGAAACAGAUUCUGUAGAAAUGCUAGACUCGGUGACUGAAGAAGUAGAUGAAGAAGUCUCUUCAGUUUCAGUGACACAUGGUUCUGUGGAGCUUGAUACAGAGAUAGAUUCUGUAGAAAUGCUGGACUCGGUGACUGAAGAAGUAGAUGAAGAAGUCUCUUCCGUUUCAGUGACACAUGGUUCUGUGGAGCUUGAUACAGAGGCAGAUUCUGUAGAAAUGCUGGACUCGGUGACUGAAGAAGUAGAUGAAGAAGUCUCUUCCGUUUCAGUGACACAUGGUUCUGUGGAGCUUGAUACAGAGGCAGAUUCUGUAGAAAUGCUGGACUCGGUGACUGAAGAAGUAGAUGAAGAAGUCUCUUCCGUUUCAGUGACACAUGGUUCAGUGGAGCUUGAUUCAGAUACAGAUUCUGUAGAAAUGCUGGACUCGGUGACUGAAGAAGUAGAUGAAGAAGUCUCUUCAGUUUCAGUGACACAUGGUUCUGUGGAGCUUGAUACAGAGGCAGAUUCUGUAGAAAUGCUGGACUCGGUGACUGAAGAAGUAGAUAAAGAAGUCUCUUCAGUCUCAGUGACACAUGGUUCUGUGGAGCUUGAUUCAGAAACAGAUUCUGUAGAAAUGCUGGACUCGGUGACUGAAGAAGUAGAUAAAGAAGUCUCUUCAGUCUCAGUGACACAUGGUUCUGUGGAGCUUGAUUCAGAUACAGAUUCUGUAGAAAUGCUGGACUCGGUGACUGAAGAAGUAGAUGAAGAAGUCUCUUCUGUUUCUGUGACACAUGGUUCUGUGGAGCUUGAUUCAGAUACAGAUUCUGUAGAAAUGCUGGACUCGGUGACUGAAGAAGUGGAUGAAGAAGACUCUUCAGUCUCAGUGACACAUGGUUCCGUGGAGCUUGAUUCAGAUACAGAUACUGUAGAAAUGCUUGACUCGGUGACUGAAGAAGUAGAUGAAGAAGUCUCUUUAGUCUCGGUGACACAUGGUUCUGUGGAGCUUGAUACAGAGGCAGAUUCUGUAGAAAUGCUGGACUCGGUGACUGAAGAAGUAGAUGAAGAAGUCUCUUCCGUUUCAGUGACACAUGGUUCAGUGGAGCUUGAUUCAGAUACAUAUUCUGUAGAAAUGACGGACUCGGUGACAGAAGAUGUAGAUGAAGAAGUCUCUUCGGUCUCAGUGACACAUGGUUCUGUGGAGCUUGAUUCAGAUACAGAUUCUGUAGAAAUGCUGGACUCGGUGACUGAAGAAGUAGAUGAAGAAGUCUCUUCCGUUUCAGUGACACAUGGUUCAGUGGAGCUUGAUUCAGAUACAGAUUCUGUAGAAAUGACGGACUCGGUGACAGAAGAUGUAGAUGAAGAAGUCUCUUCGGUCUCAGUGACACAUGGUUCUGUGGAGCUUGAUUCAGAUACAGAUUCUGUAGAAAUGCUGGACUCGGUGAAUGAAGAAGUAGAUGAAGAAGUCUCUUCGGUCUCAGUGACACAUGGUUCUGUGGAGCUUGAUACAGAGGCAGAUUCUGUAGAAAUGCUGGACUCGGUGACUGAAGAAGUAGAUGAAGAAGUCUCUUCCGUUUCAGUGACACAUGGUUCAGUGGAGCUUGAUUCAGAUACAGAUUCUGUAGAAAUGACGGACUCGGUGACAGAAGAUGUAGAUGAAGAAGUCUCUUCGGUCUCAGUGACACAUGGUUCUGUGGAGCUUGAUUCAGAUACAGAUUCUGUAGAAAUGCUGGACUCGGUGACUGAAGAAGUAGAUGAAGAAGUCUCUUCCGUUUCAGUGACACAUGGUUCAGUGGAGCUUGAUUCAGAUACAGAUUCUGUAGAAAUGACGGACUCGGUGACAGAAGAUGUAGAUGAAGAAGUCUCUUCGGUCUCAGUGACACAUGGUUCUGUGGAGCUUGAUUCAGAUACAGAUUCUGUAGAAAUGCUGGACUCGGUGAAUGAAGAAGUAGAUGAAGAAGUCUCUUCCGUUUCAGUGACACAUGGUUCUGUGGAGCUUGAUACAGAGGCAGAUUCUGUAGAAAUGCUGGACUCGGUGACUGAAGAAGUAGAUGAAGAAGUCUCUUCCGUUUCAGUGACACAUGGUUCAGUGGAGCUUGAUUCAGAUACAGAUUCUGUAGAAAUGCUGGACUCGGUGACAGAAGAUGUAGAUGAAGAAGUCUCUUCGGUCUCAGUGACACAUGGUUCAGUGGAGCUUGAUUCAGAUACAUAUUCUGUAGAAAUGACGGACUCGGUGACUGAAGAAGUAGAUAAAGAAGUCUCUUCAGUCUCAGUGACACAUGGUUCUGUGGAGCUUGAUUCAGAUACAGAUUCUGUAGAAAUGCUGGACUCGGUGAAUGAAGAAGUAGAUGAAGAAGUCUCUUCCGUUUCAGUGACACAUGGUUCUGUGGAGCUUGAUACAGAGGCAGAUUCUGUAGAAAUGCUGGACUCGGUGACUGAAGAAGUAGAUGAAGAAGUCUCUUCCGUUUCAGUGACAAAUGGUUCUGUGGAGCUUGAUUCAGAUACAGAUUCUGUAGAAAUGCUGGACUCGGUGACUGAAGAAGUAGAUGAAGAAGUCUCUUCCGUUUCAGUGACACAUGGUUCAGUGGAGCUUGAUUCAGAUACAGAUUCUGUAGAAAUGACGGACUCGGUGACAGAAGAUGUAGAUGAAGAAGUCUCUUCGGUCUCAGUGACACAUGGUUCUGUGGAGCUUGAUUCAGAUACAGAUUCUGUAGAAAUGCUGGACUCGGUGAAUGAAGAAGUAGAUGAAGAAGUCUCUUCCGUUUCAGUGACACAUGGUUCUGUGGAGCUUGAUACAGAGGCAGAUUCUGUAGAAAUGCUGGACUCGGUGACUGAAGAAGUAGAUGAAGAAGUCUCUUCCGUUUCAGUGACACAUGGUUCAGUGGAGCUUGAUUCAGAUACAGAUUCUGUAGAAAUGACGGACUCGGUGACAGAAGAUGUAGAUGAAGAAGUCUCUUCGGUCUCAGUGACACAUGGUUCUGUGGAGCUUGAUUCAGAUACAGAUUCUGUAGAAAUGCUGGACUCGGUGACUGAAGAAGUAGAUGAAGAAGUCUCUUCGGUCUCAGUGACACAUGGUUCUGUGGAGCUUGAUUCAGAUACAGAUUCUGUAGAAAUGCUGGACUCGGUGACUGAAGAAGUAGAUGAAGAAGUCUCUUCCGUUUCAGUGACACAUGGUUCAGUGGAGCUUGAUUCAGAUACAGAUUCUGUAGAAAUGACGGACUCGGUGACAGAAGAUGUAGAUGAAGAAGUCUCUUCGGUCUCAGUGACACAUGGUUCUGUGGAGCUUGAUUCAGAUACAGAUUCUGUAGAAAUGCUGGACUCGGUGAAUGAAGAAGUAGAUGAAGAAGUCUCUUCCGUUUCAGUGACACAUGGUUCUGUGGAGCUUGAUACAGAGGCAGAUUCUGUAGAAAUGCUGGACUCGGUGACUGAAGAAGUAGAUGAAGAAGUCUCUUCCGUUUCAGUGACACAUGGUUCAGUGGAGCUUGAUUCAGAUACAGAUUCUGUAGAAAUGACGGACUCGGUGACAGAAGAUGUAGAUGAAGAAGUCUCUUCGGUCUCAGUGACACAUGGUUCUGUGGAGCUUGAUUCAGAUACAGAUUCUGUAGAAAUGCUGGACUCGGUGAAUGAAAAAGUAGAUGAAGAAGUCUCUUCCGUUUCAGUGACACAUGGUUCUGUGGAGCUUGAUACAGAGGCAGAUUCUGUAGAAAUGCUGGACUCGGUGACUGAAGAAGUAGAUGAAGAAGUCUCUUCCGUUUCAGUGACACAUGGUUCUGUGGAGCUUGAUUCAGAUACAGAUUCUGUAGAAAUGACGGACUCGGUGACAGAAGAUGUAGAUGAAGAAGUCUCUUCGGUCUCAGUGACACAUGACUCGGUGACUGAAGAAGUAGAUGAAGAAGUCUCUUCAGUUUCAGUGACACAUGGUUCUGUGGAGCUUGAUACAGAGAUAGAUUCUGUAGAAAUGCUGGACUCGGUGACUGAAGAAGUAGAUGAAGAAGUCUCUUCCGUUUCAGUGACACAUGGUUCUGUGGAGCUUGAUACAGAGGCAGAUUCUGUAGAAAUGCUGGACUCGGUGACUGAAGAAGUAGAUGAAGAAGUCUCUUCCGUUUCAGUGACACAUGGUUCUGUGGAGCUUGAUACAGAGGCAGAUUCUGUAGAAAUGCUGGACUCGGUGACUGAAGAAGUAGAUGAAGAAGUCUCUUCCGUUUCAGUGACACAUGGUUCAGUGGAGCUUGAUUCAGAUACAGAUUCUGUAGAAAUGCUGGACUCGGUGACUGAAGAAGUAGAUGAAGAAGUCUCUUCAGUUUCAGUGACACAUGGUUCUGUGGAGCUUGAUACAGAGGCAGAUUCUGUAGAAAUGCUGGACUCGGUGACUGAAGAAGUAGAUAAAGAAGUCUCUUCAGUCUCAGUGACACAUGGUUCUGUGGAGCUUGAUUCAGAAACAGAUUCUGUAGAAAUGCUGGACUCGGUGACUGAAGAAGUAGAUAAAGAAGUCUCUUCAGUCUCAGUGACACAUGGUUCUGUGGAGCUUGAUUCAGAUACAGAUUCUGUAGAAAUGCUGGACUCGGUGACUGAAGAAGUAGAUGAAGAAGUCUCUUCUGUUUCUGUGACACAUGGUUCUGUGGAGCUUGAUUCAGAUACAGAUUCUGUAGAAAUGCUGGACUCGGUGACUGAAGAAGUGGAUGAAGAAGACUCUUCAGUCUCAGUGACACAUGGUUCCGUGGAGCUUGAUUCAGAUACAGAUACUGUAGAAAUGCUUGACUCGGUGACUGAAGAAGUAGAUGAAGAAGUCUCUUUAGUCUCGGUGACACAUGGUUCUGUGGAGCUUGAUACAGAGGCAGAUUCUGUAGAAAUGCUGGACUCGGUGACUGAAGAAGUAGAUGAAGAAGUCUCUUCCGUUUCAGUGACACAUGGUUCAGUGGAGCUUGAUUCAGAUACAUAUUCUGUAGAAAUGACGGACUCGGUGACAGAAGAUGUAGAUGAAGAAGUCUCUUCGGUCUCAGUGACACAUGGUUCUGUGGAGCUUGAUUCAGAUACAGAUUCUGUAGAAAUGCUGGACUCGGUGACUGAAGAAGUAGAUGAAGAAGUCUCUUCCGUUUCAGUGACACAUGGUUCAGUGGAGCUUGAUUCAGAUACAGAUUCUGUAGAAAUGACGGACUCGGUGACAGAAGAUGUAGAUGAAGAAGUCUCUUCGGUCUCAGUGACACAUGGUUCUGUGGAGCUUGAUUCAGAUACAGAUUCUGUAGAAAUGCUGGACUCGGUGAAUGAAGAAGUAGAUGAAGAAGUCUCUUCCGUUUCAGUGACACAUGGUUCUGUGGAGCUUGAUACAGACGCAGAUUCUGUAGAAAUGCUGGACUCGGUGACUGAAGAAGUAGAUGAAGAAGUCUCUUCCGUUUCAGUGACACAUGGUUCAGUGGAGCUUGAUUCAGAUACAGAUUCUGUAGAAAUGACGGACUCGGUGACAGAAGAUGUAGAUGAAGAAGUCUCUUCGGUCUCAGUGACACAUGGUUCUGUGGAGCUUGAUUCAGAUACAGAUUCUGUAGAAAUGCUGGACUCGGUGAAUGAAGAAGUAGAUGAAGAAGUCUCUUCCGUUUCAGUGACACAUGGUUCUGUGGAGCUUGAUACAGAGGCAGAUUCUGUAGAAAUGCUGGACUCGGUGAAUGAAGAAGUAGAUGAAGAAGUCUCUUCCGUUUCAGUGACACAUGGUUCAGUGGAGCUUGAUUCAGAUACAGAUUCUGCAGAAAUGACGGACUCGGUGACAGAAGAUGUAGAUGAAGAAGUCUCUUCGGUCUCAGUGACACAUGGUUCUGUGGAGCUUGAUUCAGAAACAGAUUCUGUAGAAAUGCUAGACUCGGUGACUGAAGAAGUAGAUGAAGAAGUCUCUUCAGUUUCAGUGACACAUGGUUCUGUGGAGCUUGAUACAGAGGCAGAUUCUGUAGAAAUGCUGGACUCGGUGACUGAAGAAGUAGAUGAAGAAGUCUCUUCCGUUUCAGUGACACAUGGUUCUGUGGAGCUUGAUACAGAGGCAGAUUCUGUAGAAAUGCUGGACUCGGUGACUGAAGAAGUAGAUGAAGAAGUCUCUUCCGUUUCAGUGACACAUGGUUCUGUGGAGCUUGAUACAGAGGCAGAUUCUGUAGAAAUGCUGGACUCGGUGACUGAAGAAGUAGAUGAAGAAGUCUCUUCCGUUUCAGUGACACAUGGUUCAGUGGAGCUUGAUUCAGAUACAGAUUCUGUAGAAAUGACGGACUCGGUGACAGAAGAUGUAGAUGAAGAAGUCUCUUCGGUCUCAGUGACACAUGGUUCUGUGGAGCUUGAUUCAGAUACAGAUUCUGUAGAAAUGACGGACUCGGUGACAGAAGAUGUAGAUGAAGAAGUCUCUUCUGUUUCAGUGACACGUGGCUCUGUGGAGCUUGAUUCAGAUACAGAUUCUGUAGAAAUGCUGGACUCAGUGACUGAAGUAGUAGAUGAAGAAGUCUCUUCAGUUUCAGUGACACAUGGUUCAGUGGAGCUUGAUUCAGAGGCAGAUUCUGUAGAAAUGCUGGACUCGGUGACUGAAGAAGUAGAUGAAGAAGUCUCUUCCGUUUCAGUGACACAUGGUUCAAUGGAGCUUGAUUCAGAGGCAGAUUCUGUAGAAAUGCUGGACUCGGUGGCUGAAGUAGUAGAUGAAGAAGUCUCUUCAGUUUCAGUGACACAUGGUUCAGUGGAGCUUGAUUCAGAGGCAGAUUCUGUAGAAAUGCUGGACUCGGUGGCUGAAGUAGUAGAUGAAGAAGUCUCUUCAGUUUCAGUGACACAUGGUUCUGUGGAGCUUGAUUCAGAUACAGAUUCUGUAGAAAUGCUGGACUCGGUGACUGAAGAAGUAGAUGAAGAAGUCGCUUCAGUCUCGCUGACACAUGGUUCUGUGGAGCUUGAUUCAGAAACAGAUUCUGUAGAAAUGCUGGACUCGGUGACUGAAGAAGUAGAUGAAGAAGACUCUUCAGUCUCAGUGACACAUGGUUCCGUGGAGCUUGAUUCAGAUACAGAUACUGUAGAAAUGCUUGACUCGGUGACUGAAGAAGUAGAUGAAGAAGUCUCUUUAGUCUCGGUGACACAUGGUUCUGUGGAGCUUGAUACGGAGGCAGAUUCUGUAGAAAUGCUGGACUCGGUGGCUGAAGUAGUAGAUGAAGAAGUCUCUUCAGUUUCAGUGACACAUGGUUCUGUGGAGCUUGAUUCAGAUACAGAUUCUGUAGAAAUGCUGGACUCGGUGAAUGAAGAAGUAGAUGAAGAAGUCUCUUUAGUCUCGGUGACACAUGGUUCUGUGGAGCUUGAUUCAGAUACAGAUUCUGUAGAAAUGCUGAACUCAGUGACUGAAGAAGUAGAUGAAGAAGUCUCUUCCGUUUCAGUGACACAUGGUUCAGUGGAGCUUGAUUCAGAUUCAGAUUCUGUAGAAAUGCUAGACUCGGUGACUGAAGAAGUAGAUGAAGAAGACUCUUCCGUUUCAGUGACACAUGGUUCAGUGGAGCUUGAUUCAGAGGCAGAUUCUGUAGAAAUGCUGGACUCGGUGGCUGAAGUAGUAGAUGAAGAAGUCUCUUCAGUUUCAGUGACACAUGGUUCUGUGGAGCUUGAUUCAGAUACAGAUUCUGUAGAAAUGCUGGACUCGGUGACUGAAGAAGUAGAUGAAGAAGUCGCUUCAGUCUCGCUGACACAUGGUUCUGUGGAGCUUGAUUCAGAAACAGAUUCUGUAGAAAUGCUGGACUCGGUGACUGAAGAAGUAGAUGAAGAAGACUCUUCAGUCUCAGUGACACAUGGUUCCGUGGAGCUUGAUUCAGAUACAGAUACUGUAGAAAUGCUUGACUCGGUGACUGAAGAAGUAGAUGAAGAAGUCUCUUUAGUCUCGGUGACACAUGGUUCUGUGGAGCUUGAUACGGAGGCAGAUUCUGUAGAAAUGCUGGACUCGGUGGCUGAAGUAGUAGAUGAAGAAGUCUCUUCAGUUUCAGUGACACAUGGUUCUGUGGAGCUUGAUUCAGAUACAGAUUCUGUAGAAAUGCUGGACUCGGUGAAUGAAGAAGUAGAUGAAGAAGUCUCUUUAGUCUCGGUGACACAUGGUUCUGUGGAGCUUGAUUCAGAUACAGAUUCUGUAGAAAUGCUGAACUCAGUGACUGAAGAAGUAGAUGAAGAAGUCUCUUCCGUUUCAGUGACACAUGGUUCAGUGGAGCUUGAUUCAGAUUCAGAUUCUGUAGAAAUGCUAGACUCGGUGACUGAAGAAGUAGAUGAAGAAGACUCUUCCGUUUCAGUGACACAUGGUUCAGUGGAGCUUGAUUCAGAGGCAGAUUCUGUAGAAAUGCUGGACUCGGUGGCUGAAGUAGUAGAUGAAGAAGUCUCUUCAGUUUCAGUGACACAUGGUUCUGUGGAGCUUGAUUCAGAUACAGAUUCUGUAGAAAUGCUGGACUCGGUGACUGAAGAAGUAGAUGAAGAAGUCGCUUCAGUCUCGCUGACACAUGGUUCUGUGGAGCUUGAUUCAGAAACAGAUUCUGUAGAAAUGCUGGACUCGGUGACUGAAGAAGUAGAUGAAGAAGACUCUUCAGUCUCAGUGACACAUGGUUCCGUGGAGCUUGAUUCAGAUACAGAUACUGUAGAAAUGCUUGACUCGGUGACUGAAGAAGUAGAUGAAGAAGUCUCUUUAGUCUCGGUGACACAUGGUUCUGUGGAGCUUGAUACGGAGGCAGAUUCUGUAGAAAUGCUGGACUCGGUGGCUGAAGUAGUAGAUGAAGAAGUCUCUUCAGUUUCAGUGACACAUGGUUCUGUGGAGCUUGAUUCAGAUACAGAUUCUGUAGAAAUGCUGGACUCGGUGAAUGAAGAAGUAGAUGAAGAAGUCUCUUUAGUCUCGGUGACACAUGGUUCUGUGGAGCUUGAUUCAGAUACAGAUUCUGUAGAAAUGCUGAACUCAGUGACUGAAGAAGUAGAUGAAGAAGUCUCUUCCGUUUCAGUGACACAUGGUUCAGUGGAGCUUGAUUCAGAUUCAGAUUCUGUAGAAAUGCUAGACUCGGUGACUGAAGAAGUAGAUGAAGAAGUCUCUUCUGUUUCAGUGACACGUGGCUCUGUGGAGCUUGAUUCAGAUACAGAUUCUGUAGAAAUGCUGGACUCAGUGACUGAAGAAGUAGAUGAAGAAGUCUCUUCCGUUUCAGUGACACAUGGUUCAAUGGAGCUUGAUUCAGAAGCAGAUUCUGUAGAAAUGCUGGACUCGGUGGCUGAAGUAGUAGAUGAAGAAGUCUCUUCAGUUUCAGUGACACAUGGUUCAGUGGAGCUUGAUUCAGAGGCAGAUUCUGUAGAAAUGCUGGACUCGGUGGCUGAAGUAGUAGAUGAAGAAGUCUCUUCAGUUUCAGUGACACAUGGUUCUGUGGAGCUUGAUUCAGAUACAGAUUCUGUAGAAAUGCUGGACUCGGUGACUGAAGAAGUAGAUGAAGAAGUCGCUUCAGUCUCGCUGACACAUGGUUCUGUGGAGCUUGAUUCAGAAACAGAUUCUGUAGAAAUGCUGGACUCGGUGACUGAAGAAGUAGAUGAAGAAGACUCUUCAGUCUCAGUGACACAUGGUUCCGUGGAGCUUGAUUCAGAAACAGAUUCUGUAGAAAUGCUAGACUCGGUGACUGAAGAAGUAGAUGAAGAAGUCUCUUCAGUUUCAGUCACACAAGGUUCUGUGGAGCUUGAUACGGAGGCAGAUUCUGUAGAAAUGCUGGACUCGGUGACUGAAGAAGUAGAUGAAGAAGUCUCUUCAGUUUCAGUGACACAUGGUUCCGUGGAGCUUGAUUCAGAAACAGAUUCUGUAGAAAUGCUGGACUCGGUGAAUGAAGAAGUAGAUGAAGAAGUCUCUUUAGUCUCGGUGACACAUGGUUCUGUGGAGCUUGAUUCAGAUACAGAUUCUGUAGAAAUGCUGGACUCAGUGACUGAAGAAGUAGAUGAAGAAGUCUCUUCCGUUUCAGUGACACAUGGUUCAGUGGAGCUUGAUUCAGAUACAGAUUCUGUAGAAAUGCUAGACUCGGUGACUGAAGAAGUAGAUGAAGAAGUCUCUUCUGUUUCAGUGACACGUGGCUCUGUGGAGCUUGAUUCAGAUACAGAUUCUGUAGAAAUGCUGGACUCAGUGACUGAAGAAGUAGAUGAAGAAGUCUCUUCCGUUUCAGUGACACAUGGUUCAGUGGAGCUUGAUUCAGAUACAGAUUCUGUAGAAAUGCUGGACUCGGUGACUGAAAAAGUAGAUGAAGAAGUCUCUUCCGUUUCAGUGACACAUGGUUCAGUGGAGCUUGAUUCAGAGGCAGAUUCUGUAGAAAUGCUUGACUCGGUAACUGAAGAAGUAGAUGAAGAAGUCUUUUCCGUUUCAGUGACACAUGGUUCUGUGGAGCUUGAUUCAGAAACAGAUUCUGUAGAAAUGCUGGACUCGGUGACUGAAGAAGUAGAUGAAGAAGACUCUUCAGUCUCAGUGACACAUGGUUCCGUGGAGCUUGAUUCAGAUACAGAUACUGUAGAAAUGCUUGACUCGGUGACUGAAGAAGUAGAUGAAGAAGUCUCUUCAGUCUCGGUGACACAUGGUUCUGUGGAGCUUGAUUCAGAUACAGAUUCUGUAGAAAUGCUGGACUCGGUGAAUGAAGAAGUAGAUGAAGAAGUCUCUUCCGUUUCAGUGACACAUGGUUCUGUGGAGCUUGAUUCAGAAACAGAUUCUGUAGAAAUGCUAGACUCGGUGACUGAAGAAGUAGAUGAAGAAGUCUCUUCAGUUUCAGUCACACAUGGUUCUGUGGAGCUUGAUACAGAGGCAGAUUCUGUAGAAAUGCUGGACUCGGUGACUGAAGAAGUAGAUGAAGAAGUCUCUUCAGUUUCAGUGACACAUGGUUCUGUGGAGCUUGAUUCAGAUACAGAUUCUGUAGAAAUGCUGGACUCGGUGACUGAAGAAGUAGAUGAAGAAGUCGCUUCAGUCUCGCUGACACAUGGUUCUGUGGAGCUUGAUUCAGAAACAGAUUCUGUAGAAAUGCUAGACUCGGUGACUGAAGAAGUAGAUGAAGAAGUCUCUUCAGUUUCAGUCACACAUGGUUCUGUGGAGCUUGAUACAGAGGCAGAUUCUGUAGAAAUGCUGGACUCGGUGACUGAAGAAGUAGAUGAAGAAGACUCUUCAGUCUCAGUGACACAUGGUUCCGUGGAGCUUGAUUCAGAUACAGAUACUGUAGAAAUGCUUGACUCGGUGACUGAAGAAGUAGAUGAAGAAGUCUCUUCAGUUUCAGUCACACAUGGUUCUGUGGAGCUUGAUACGGAGGCAGAUUCUGUAGAAAUGCUGGACUCGGUGAAUGAAGAAGUAGAUGAAGAAGUCUCUUUAGUCUCGGUGACACAUGGUUCUGUGGAGCUUGAUUCAGAUACAGAUUCUGUAGAAAUGCUGGACUCGGUGACUGAAGAAGUAGAUGAAGAAGUCUCUUCAGUUUCAGUGACACAUGGUUCCGUGGAGCUUGAUUCAGAUACAGAUACUGUAGAAAUGCUGGACUCGGUGAAUGAAGAAGUAGAUGAAGAAGUCUCUUUAGUCUCGGUGACACAUGGUUCUGUGGAGCUUGAUUCAGAAACAGAUUCUGUAGAAAUGCUGGACUCGGUGACUGAAGAAGUAGAUGAAGAAGACUCUUCAGUCUCAGUGACACAUGGUUCCGUGGAGCUUGAUUCAGAUACAGAUACUGUAGAAAUGCUGGACUCGGUGACUGAAGAAGUAGAUGAAGAAGUCUCUUCAGUUUCAGUGACACAUGGUUCCGUGGAGCUUGAUUCAGAAACAGAUUCUGUAGAAAUGCUGGACUCGGUGAAUGAAGAAGUAGAUGAAGAAGUCUCUUUAGUCUCGGUGACACAUGGUUCUGUGGAGCUUGAUUCAGAUACAGAUUCUGUAGAAAUGCUGGACUCAGUGACUGAAGAAGUAGAUGAAGAAGUCUCUUCCGUUUCAGUGACACAUGGUUCAGUGGAGCUUGAUUCAGAUACAGAUUCUGUAGAAAUGCUAGACUCGGUGACUGAAGAAGUAGAUGAAGAAGUCUCUUCUGUUUCAGUGACACGUGGCUCUGUGGAGCUUGAUUCAGAUACAGAUUCUGUAGAAAUGCUGGACUCAGUGACUGAAGAAGUAGAUGAAGAAGUCUCUUCCGUUUCAGUGACACAUGGUUCAGUGGAGCUUGAUUCAGAUACAGAUUCUGUAGAAAUGCUGGACUCGGUGACUGAAAAAGUAGAUGAAGAAGUCUCUUCCGUUUCAGUGACACAUGGUUCAGUGGAGCUUGAUUCAGAGGCAGAUUCUGUAGAAAUGCUUGACUCGGUAACUGAAGAAGUAGAUGAAGAAGUCUCUUCCGUUUCAGUGACACAUGGUUCUGUGGAGCUUGAUUCAGAAACAGAUUCUGUAGAAAUGCUGGACUCGGUGACUGAAGAAGUAGAUGAAGAAGACUCUUCAGUCUCAGUGACACAUGGUUCCGUGGAGCUUGAUUCAGAUACAGAUACUGUAGAAAUGCUUGACUCGGUGACUGAAGAAGUAGAUGAAGAAGUCUCUUCAGUCUCGGUGACACAUGGUUCUGUGGAGCUUGAUUCAGAUACAGAUUCUGUAGAAAUGCUGGACUCGGUGAAUGAAGAAGUAGAUGAAGACGUCUCUUCCGUUUCAGUGACACAUGGUUCUGUGGAGCUUGAUUCAGAAACAGAUUCUGUAGAAAUGCUAGACUCGGUGACUGAAGAAGUAGAUGAAGAAGUCUCUUCAGUUUCAGUCACACAUGGUUCUGUGGAGCUUGAUACAGAGGCAGAUUCUGUAGAAAUGCUGGACUCGGUGACUGAAAAAGUAGAUGAAGAAGUCUCUUCCGUUUCAGUGACACAUGGUUCAGUGGAGCUUGAUUCAGAUACAGAUUCUGUAGAAAUGCUAGACUCGGUGACUGAAGAAGUAGAUGAAGAAGACUCUUCAGUCUCAGUGACACAUGGUUCAGUGCAGCUUGAUUCAGAGGCAGAUUCUGUAGAAAUGCUUGACUCGGUAACUGAAGAAGUAGAUGAAGAAGUCUCUUCCGUUUCAGUGACACAUGGUUCUGUGGAGCUUGAUUCAGAAACAGAUUCUGUAGAAAUGCUGGACUCGGUGACUGAAGAAGUAGAUGAAGAAGACUCUUCAGUCUCAGUGACACAUGGUUCUGUGGAGCUUGAUACAGAGGCAGAUUCUGUAGAAAUGCUGGACUCGGUGACUGAAGAAGUAGAUGAAGAAGUCUCUUCCGUUUCAGUGACACAUGGUUCAGUGGAGCUUGAUUCAGAUACAGAUUCUGUAGAAAUGCUGGACUCGGUGACUGAAGAAGUAGAUGAAGAAGACUCUUCAGUCUCAGUGACACAUGGUUCAGUGCAGCUUGAUUCAGAGGCAGAUUCUGUAGAAAUGCUUGACUCGGUAACUGAAGAAGUAGAUGAAGAAGUCUCUUCCGUUUCAGUGACACAUGGUUCUGUGGAGCUUGAUUCAGAAACAGAUUCUGUAGAAAUGCUGGACUCGGUGACUGAAGAAGUAGAUGAAGAAGACUCUUCAGUCUCAGUGACACAUGGUUCCGUGGAGCUUGAUUCAGAUACAGAUACUGUAGAAAUGCUUGACUCGGUGACUGAAGAAGUAGAUGAAGAAGUCUCUUCAGUCUCGGUGACACAUGGUUCUGUGGAGCUUGAUUCAGAUACAGAUUCUGUAGAAAUGCUGGACUCGGUGAAUGAAGAAGUAGAUGAAGAAGUCUCUUCUGUUUCAGUGACACGUGGCUCUGUGGAGCUUGAUUCAGAUACAGAUUCUGUAGAAAUGCUGGACUCAGUGACUGAAGAAGUAGAUGAAGAAGUCUCUUCCGUUUCAGUGACACAUGGUUCAGUGGAGCUUGAUUCAGAUACAGAUUCUGUAGAAAUGCUAGACUCGGUGACUGAAGAAGUAGAUGAAGAAGACUCUUCAGUCUCAGUGACACAUGGUUCAGUGCAGCUUGAUUCAGAGGCAGAUUCUGUAGAAAUGCUUGACUCGGUAACUGAAGAAGUAGAUGAAGAAGUCUCUUCCGUUUCAGUGACACAUGGUUCUGUGGAGCUUGAUUCAGAUACAGAUUCUGUAGAAAUGCUGGACUCGGUGACUGAAGAAGUAGAUGAAGAAGUCUCUUCAGUUUCAGUCACACAUGGUUCUGUGGAGCUUGAUACAGAGGCAGAUUCUGUAGAAAUGCUGGACUCGGUGACUGAAGAAGUAGAUGAAGAAGUCUCUUCCGUUUCAGUGACACAUGGUUCAGUGGAGCUUGAUUCAGAUACAGAUUCUGUAGAAAUGCUGGACUCGGUGACUGAAGAAGUAGAUGAAGAAGACUCUUCAGUCUCAGUGACACAUGGUUCAGUGCAGCUUGAUUCAGAGGCAGAUUCUGUAGAAAUGCUUGACUCGGUAACUGAAGAAGUAGAUGAAGAAGUCUCUUCCGUUUCAGUGACACAUGGUUCUGUGGAGCUUGAUUCAGAAACAGAUUCUGUAGAAAUGCUGGACUCGGUGACUGAAGAAGUAGAUGAAGAAGACUCUUCAGUCUCAGUGACACAUGGUUCCGUGGAGCUUGAUUCAGAUACAGAUACUGUAGAAAUGCUUGACUCGGUGACUGAAGAAGUAGAUGAAGAAGUCUCUUCAGUCUCGGUGACACAUGGUUCUGUGGAGCUUGAUUCAGAUACAGAUUCUGUAGAAAUGCUGGACUCGGUGAAUGAAGAAGUAGAUGAAGAAGUCUCUUCCGUUUCAGUGACACAUGGUUCUGUGGAGCUUGAUUCAGAAACAGAUUCUGUAGAAAUGCUAGACUCGGUGACUGAAGAAGUAGAUGAAGAAGUCUCUUCAGUUUCAGUCACACAUGGUUCUGUGGAGCUUGAUACAGAGGCAGAUUCUGUAGAAAUGCUGGACUCGGUGACUGAAGAAGUAGAUGAAGAAGUCUCUUCAGUUUCAGUGACACAUGGUUCUGUGGAGCUUGAUUCAGAUACAGAUUCUGUAGAAAUGCUAGACUCGGUGACUGAAGAAGUAGAUGAAGAAGUCUCUUUAGUCUCGGUGACACAUGGUUCUGUGGAGCUUGAUUCAGAAACAGAUUCUGUAGAAAUGCUAGACUCGGUGACUGAAGAAGUAGAUGAAGAAGUCUCUUCAGUUUCAGUCACACAUGGUUCUGUGGAGCUUGAUACAGAGGCAGAUUCUGUAGAAAUGCUGGACUCGGUGAAUGAAGAAGUAGAUGAAGAAGUCUCUUUAGUCUCGGUGACACAUGGUUCUGUGGAGCUUGAUUCAGAUACAGAUUCUGUAGAAAUGCUAGACUCGGUGACUGAAGAAGUAGAUGAAGAAGUCUCUUCAGUUUCAGUCACACAUGGUUCUGUGGAGCUUGAUUCAGAUACAGAUUCUGUAGAAAUGCUGGACUCGGUGAAUGAAGAAGUAGAUGAAGAAGUCUCUUUAGUCUCGGUGACACAUGGUUCUGUGGAGCUUGAUUCAGAUACAGAUUCUGUAGAAAUGCUAGACUCGGUGACUGAAGAAGUAGAUGAAGAAGUCUCUUCAGUUUCAGUGACACAUGGUUCUGUGGAGCUUGAUUCAGAAACAGAUUCUGUAGAAAUGCUGGACUCGGUGAAUGAAGAAGUAGAUGAAGAAGUCUCUUUAGUCUCGGUGACACAUGGUUCUGUGGAGCUUGAUUCAGAUACAGAUUCUGUAGAAAUGCUGGACUCAGUGACUGAAGAAGUAGAUGAAGAAGUCUCUUCUGUUUCAGUGACACGUGGCUCUGUGGAGCUUGAUUCAGAUACAGAUUCUGUAGAAAUGCUGGACUCAGUGACUGAAGAAGUAGAUGAAGAAGUCUCUUCCGUUUCAGUGACACAUGGUUCAGUGGAGCUUGAUUCAGAUACAGAUUCUGUAGAAAUGCUAGACUCGGUGACUGAAGAAGUAGAUGAAGAAGUCUCUUCUGUUUCAGUGACACGUGGCUCUGUGGAGCUUGAUUCAGAUACAGAUUCUGUAGAAAUGCUGGACUCAGUGACUGAAGAAGUAGAUGAAGAAGUCUCUUCCGUUUCAGUGACACAUGGUUCAGUGGAGCUUGAUUCAGAUACAGAUUCUGUAGAAAUGCUGGACUCGGUGACUGAAAAAGUAGAUGAAGAAGUCUCUUCAGUUUCAGUGACACAUGGUUCAGUGGAGCUUGAUUCAGAUACAGAUUCUGUAGAAAUGCUGGACUCGGUGACUGAAGGAGUAGAUGAAGAAGUCUCUUCCGUUUCAGUGACACAUGGUUCAGUGGAGCUUGAUUCAGAGGCAGAUUCUGUAGAAAUGCUUGACUCGGUAACUGAAGAAGUAGAUGAAGAAGUCUCUUCGGUUUCAGUGACACAUGGUUCUGUAGAGCUUGAUUCAGAGGCAGAUUCUGUAGAAAUGCUGGACUCUGUGGUUUCAAGUCUUGUUAGUAGUUUCGAAGUUGUAAGAGCUGCAAUUAUUUUUUUUUGUGUCCAAAACCAGUUUGAAUUAGUUUAUGCAAGCUGUACCUGA